ACCAAAUGCAUUUAUUAUUUAUGGCUGAAUCAGUUUGCAUGCUGCUGUCACGUAUCCCAACGGUGCGGUGCUGAUGCUAAACUGUGAUGCUACUUGAAGGGCUGGCUGCUAAAUUGUUCUUUGUGUACUUGGUGACAACCGGGACUGGGAGCAGGAACGACUCCUGGCUACUGGAGGGUUGCGUGUGCUGGUGAUGAUGAGAUGUGAUGAAAACGGGCACCGUUAUUGCUGUAACUGCUGGUUCAACUUUUUCUCGUCAUGUUACAGAGAUAAAUUGCUCUUUAACCAGUGUAUCAUUUUAAAAUAUAUUAUUAUAAGUAGAGAAGUAAGCCUAAUAAAGGUUUAUUAUGAUUCAAUUCAGUUUAAACUAUUUUACAAAAGUUUCUGUCGGAAGUGUUUGUAAUUUAAACAAAUAAAUGUUGUCAAUGUUUAGUUCCUGACCACUCGGUUGAAUUCUUUCUGGAAGUAUGUGACCAAAAUUGUAGGUAUAUUUACAGGAAUUCAAUACUAAAGUAUUCUUUCCUGUAAAUACACAAAGAAUAGCCUGCCGUCUUUUAGGUUCCAUUGUUUUCUAACCACACGUUGGAGUUGUCCUAAUUAGAAACAGAAGAGAGAAUGAGCAACAAGAGAAAGAAAGAAUAAAAGCACCAGGCUACUACACGACAGUGGAAACACUUGAAAACCAUGCAAGGUACUCUGUCUAAACAAGAUGAGCAGACGUUAAGCUGUCCAGUCACAGAUACACGCACGCAUACACACGCACCACACGCACAAAUACACACAAAGUUCUUCAGUGCCUCUCCUUCCAGGAAUAGCAGAGAAGAACAUCUCAGAAGGGUUGUCCUGGCAGCAUGACUAAAAAACACUCCUUAUUUCCCCUCCCUACCGUUUUGAAUUAUUGAGGACCUUGUCCUUUCACUUCCUUAAAUCAGUUGGAGAGAAUGACAGCGGUUGCUGUCGAAGUUAAGUGUAAUCUGACAAACACCACUCAGGGUUAAAAUAGGCUUAAGUGUUGUUCCUCGGGUGCAGACUACUUAUCUGCUGACGGCCGCUCGUGGCAAUCAAUCGGGACAAUUUCUUAUCGUCAAUCAGUGGAAAUCCAAUGAGUGGAAGGUGUUUAAAUAUGGGCGGCCCUGUGGUACACGUGCUGGCCCUGAUGCUGUGUAUGGUCGCCAUGGGAACGUGCCACUCCAACAUAAACAACACCCACGACGUCGACCACGACUCUGGCUACCCUGGCUUCCUCCUGCAGCAUUCCAUCCCGCAGCACACGGACUUCCACGGCACCGCCAGCCCUGGGCUCCACCCGGGCCCCAACGAGCCCAUGGCCCUGGCCUCCGGCUCCGGCUCCGGCUUCGGGAACGUGACGGUCAGGAAGAGGCCGCCGCCCUGCCUCACUCGCACCACCAUCAGCACGUCCUUCAAGUACAUCAACUCGCUGAUCUCUGCCCUGGUGUUUGUGGUGGGCAUGGUGGGCAACAUCACGCUGCUGAGGAUCAUCUACCAGAACAAGUGCAUGAGGAACGGUCCCAACGCGCUGAUCGCCAGCUUGGCCAUGGGGGACCUCAUCCACAUCACAAUCAACCUGCCCAUCAAUGUCUACAAGCUCCUGACAUCCCAGUGGCCGUUCGCCAGCACAGCGUUUGGCCUCUGUCUGUGCAAGCUGGUGCCCUUCGUGCAGAAGGCCUCGGUGGGCAUCACUGUGCUCAACCUCUGUGCCCUGAGUGUGGACAGGUACAGAGCGGUGGCCUCUUGGAGCAGGGUGCAGGGUGUAGGGGUCCCUCUUCUCACCGCCAUAGAGAUCAUCUCCAUAUGGGUGCUCUCGAUGAUCCUGGCCGUGCCUGAGGCUGUGGGCUUUGACAUUGUCACCAUGGACUACCGCAACGUCACGAUCCACACCUGCAUGCUGAACCCCCAGAGUGACUUCAUGAGGUACUACAAAGACAUGAAGGACUGGUGGCUGUUUGGCUUCUACUUCUGUGUCCCGCUGUUGUGCACGGCCAUCUUCUACACACUGAUGGCGUGCGAGAUGCUCAACCACCGCAACGGGAGCCUCCGCAUCGCCCUGAGCGAGCAUCUCAAACAGCGCAGGGAGGUGGCCAAGGCGGUCUUCAGUCUGGUGCUGAUAUUCGCCCUGUGCUGGUUCCCACUGCACCUCAGUAGGAUCCUCAAGUACAUGGUGUACGACCCCAGCGACCAGGGCCGCUGUGAUCUGUUAUGUUUCCUCUUGGUCCUGGAUUACUUUGGCUUCAACCUAGCGACAGUCAACUCCUGCAUAAACCCCAUCAUCCUCUACUUCGUCAGCAAGAAGUUCAAGAACUGCUUCAAGUCAUGUCUGUGCUGCUGGUGCUAUUCCGACAGCCAGGUGACCAGCACGGGAGCCAUGAACGGCACCAGCAUCCAGUGUAAGAGUCCCGAGCCCAACAACCUCGCCCCCGACCGCAAGGACAGCAACUAACCCACCCCCCUCCCCCCAUCAUCAACAGCACUGUGGAUUUAUUUCGGGACGCACGUCCACCAACGACAACUUCAACCGACGGCAUCCUGCCGAAGGAGGCUUUCAAAACACACACACUCGCACACACACUCUCAUUGUGUUGACCCACCUCAUACAACUCUCGGAGAGACACUCGGACUCCCUGUGGAGCCACGUAUAGGCAAGGAAAAAGGACAGAAAGAAACCGAGGAAGGACAAUAAGGAACACUAUAUCGCUCCGUGUGCCGUUUCCUCGGCACAGUAGCAUCCGCUACUUCCCCGUCGUCCGUCAUGUUAGCAAACCCAUGGAGGAAAGCGAGAGGGAUGGAGGGAGACAGGGGGAGGAAGUUGUGUUGUAGCAGGAGGGGGGGGGGGGGGAUUCCUGAUGCAGGUCAGAGGAAGAGGAAGACUCAUAACACAGGAAGCAGCUGAACGCUCACAAUAAAUGAACCUCAUUUCCCGCUCGUCGUGAGGCGCAAUGUUCGUAUAAAGGGGCAGCCCCACCGGGACGGGGGUCCUUCAUCAAGGGGACAGAAUUGUCAGAAGGAAUGACGUGAGAGUGUGCAUCCGCCUCCCCAAAGAGAACCAGCUCCCGUCCCCCCCGCCUACCUGCGUGCCUGCUAGCCUCCGUGUGCUACACUCUGCGGCCCCCAAGGACCAGGGACAAUGCAUGUUAAUCAUCCCGCUCUUCAUUUCCCAUAAACACACUGGCGGCCGCACUGACACACUCACACACACACACCCUCACACAUACACCACACACACACAGACUUAUUAUUCAUUCAUACCAGUGUGUGCUCAAAUUAGGGUCAGUUUUUAACGACGGUGGCUGUGCGGAUAGGAGGUGGAGUGGUCUAGUUCGAGGUGGUUUCAAAAUGGCGACCCCCCCUGAAGACUUCUUAGGAAUGAGAUGUUGAAGAAGGGUGCUUAUAUACAGAUAAAGCAUUUUGUACCUAAGUACACGAUCACAGAUCUCUUCUGCUCAUUGUGAGAAACUAUUAUCGGCAACAUCUGGAAUUUGUUUGACAUACUCUCUUAUACAAUAUAUCAAAAAGGAUCAACAUUGAUUGAACAUAGUAUUCAGGAGGCCUUUUGGUUUAGAAUAGAUAUAAACCUACAUAUAUAGCACUGUGAAUUUUCAUUUGAGACACAAGAGACAUAUACUUUGUGUGUAUAUUCUUCAGUAUCUAUACAUAUGUACACUUUUAUAAAGUGUUGUAUUGUAAUUGAAUGGCAUUGAUAUGACAGUAUUUACGUGUGUUUGAGGGAUUUUGUUUUGUUCAUUCAAAUCAUAUGAGUAGACAUGACCUAUGCUGCCCUCAUAAGAUUGGUGUACAUGUAACCGUGUGCGUGUGCGUGUGCGUGUGCGUGUGUGUGUGUGUGUGUGUGUGUGUGUGUGUGUGCUAUUUAGAGACAAACUCAUGUUUUCUACACUGUAUAAACUAAAGUGUGGUAUUUCAUGCUGUGUUUCAAUGUUAUCACUAGGCCUAAACUGUCAAUAUUAACCUGUGGAAAAAUGCAAAAACUGAACGGUGGUUGGUUCUCUUGUCGAAGAAAUAUAGUGCUGCUACUUCACAUAUUAAAUCAAUUUCUGACCAAAGAAGUCUACCUUCGA